AUGGCUGACGAAGGAUUCGAUUCCAAAAACUACGUUUGGGUACCUGAUGAAGAUGAGGUCUUCAUCAAAGGGUACAUUAAAGAUUAUUUAGAUGAUGAUACAUGCAAAGUUUGCUACAAAAAAGAUAAUAAAGAGAUUAUCAAAGAAAUGCCAAUCCAUUCUUUAGAUAACUGUAAUCCUUCAAAGUUCAACAAAUGUAAUGAUAUGGCUGAAUUAACCCAUUUGAACGAGCCUUCAGUGAUUUACAAUCUUAACUUGCGUUAUAAUGAUGACUUGAUUUAUACUUAUUCGGGUUUAUUCUUAGUAGCUAUAAAUCCUUACAAAAACUUAUCAAUUUAUAACAAAAACAAUAUUGAUUUCGAUAAACCUCAUAUUUAUUCCAUUGCCAAUUCAACUUAUGAAAAUUUGAUGAAAAAUAAAAAGGAUCAAUCUAUUCUUGUGACCGGUGAGUCAGGAGCUGGUAAGACAGAAAAUACUAAAAAGAUUAUUCAAUAUUUUUCCCUUUCUACUGGUGGUGCCAACAAUACAACGAGUUCCAAAUCUUUCAACCACGAAGAUAUCGAUGAAAAGAUUCUUCAAGCCAACCCUAUCAUGGAAAGUUUUGGAAAUGCUAAAACAAUUAAAAAUAAUAAUUCUUCAAGAUUCGGAAAAUUCAUCAAGAUAUAUUUCGAUGAAAAGGGUAAUUUAAAUGGAGCAAAUAUCAACUAUUAUUUAUUGGAGAAAUCAAGAGUUAUUGAACAAUUGAGUAGUGAAAGAAAUUAUCAUAUUUUUUAUCAAUUUUUGGCUGGGCAUGACGAAUUAUCUAAAUUUCACCUUGUUGAUGAUUAUUCAAAUUAUAGAUACUUGAACGAUGUUGAAAUUUAUAGCGAUAAACAGGAUUUCCAUAAUUUGAUUAAUAGCUUCAAAAUUAUUGGGUUGAAAGAUUCUGAAAUUGAAGAUAUAUUCAACAUAUUGUCCAUAAUCUUACAUUUAGGUAAUAUCAAAUUCACCAGUGAGAAAUCUGACUAUGCAAAUUUUCAUAAAGAGUCUCCAAUAGAGGAGAUUGUCAAUCUGUUGGAUGUAGAGAGGUCCAUUUUCGAAAAGAACUUAUUGAAACCUAAGGUCAAGGCAGGUAGAGAAUUCAUAGAGAAAGCAAAAAGACCUGUUGAAGUUAAGUAUCUUAUUGAUUCCUUGGCAAAAUUUUUGUAUGAAAACUUGUUCAAUUAUAUUAUUGAAAAAAUCAAUAAGACAUUGAACGGAAAGGAAAUAUCGGGUAAUUUCAUAGGUGUGUUGGACAUUGCUGGGUUUGAAAUUUUCGAAAUCAACUCUUUUGAACAAUUGUGUAUCAAUUAUACCAAUGAAAAAUUGCAACAGUUUUUCAAUCAUCAUUCUUUCAUUCUCGAACAGAGUGAAUAUCUAAGGGAAGAUAUUAAAUGGGAUUAUAUUGAUUUUGGACAAGAUCUACAACCAACUAUCGAGUUGAUUGAAAACACAAAAAAUCCAAUGGGUAUCAUGAAGUGCUUGGAUGAAGAAUGUAUCAUGCCAAAAUCAACAGACAAAUCAUUUUUGGAAAGAUUGUUGCAUAAUUUCGACAACAAAAAGAUCCCUGACAAUAACCACAAAAAGUUUAAGGCCAAUAAAUUCAAAAAUGGUUUCAUGAUCAAUCAUUAUGCUGGUGAAGUUGAAUAUAAUGUUGACAAUUGGUUAAGUAAGAAUAACGACCCAAUUAGUGAAAACUUAUUAACCAUAUUGUCUUCAUCUAAAAACAAAUUUAUUAGUAAAGAAAUGAUGAAAUUAAUUCCAAUAAAAAACAAAUCACUUUCUAUCAAAUACAAACAGCAAUUGAAAGAUUUGAUGGAAGAAUUGAAUAACACCGAACCACAUUUCGUCAGAUGUAUUCUUCCAAAUUUGAACAAAAAGCCAAAUAAUUUCGAUAAAUCUUUAGUGUUGAAUCAAUUGAGAUGUAAUGGAGUCCUCGAAGGUAUCAGAAUCACAAGGGCUGGUUACCCAAAUAAAAUGAUUUUCCAAGAUUUCUUCAAUAGAUACUCGAUACUAAACUCGAAAGGUACGUUUACGAAAGAUUCCAAGAUGAAUUGUGAAAUUAUUUUAAAAUUCAUCGAAUUGGACGCAGAAAGUUUCAAGGUGGGUAUCACCAAAAUCUUCUUCAAAAAUGGUAUAUUAGGUAAACUCGAAGAGUUGAGAGACAUCUCAAUCAAGACAAUCUUUACUAAAUUCCAAAGUGAUGUAAGGGGUCAGCUCUCUAGAAAGUAUUUAAACAAUCAAAUCAAUAAGAUACAAAAUAGUCAAAUUUUGGCUAAAAAUUUUGUCAAGAUAAAUGAGUUAAAGUCCAAUCCAUGGUAUAAACUUUUCAUUAAUAUGAAGCCGUUAUUGGAGGACUCCAUCAAAGUGUUGAAUUCAAAAGAAAUUAACGACAAUUUGAAACAAUUGACAUUAAAAUUAAAGGAUAGUGAAAAAUUAAAUAAAAACUACGAAGCAGCAAAUGAAAAGUUAAAUAAAGAAAUUGAAGAAUUCAAUAACAAAAUAAAGGAGAAUUUGAGCUUGAUGGAAGAGAAAGAUGAUUUGAUAAACAGUUUAAAAUCAAACGAAAACGAUAUUACCAGAAAGGUGGAGAAGUUGAAUAAAGUAGUAAGAGCUUUAGAAAGUAAAAAUUCAUCUAUCGAAACAGAGAAGGCUAAAGUUGAGGAGAACCUUGAGUCUUUAGAAAGCAAGUUCAAUGAAAUGAAAUCAACACACGAUCAAUUAGUAGAUAAAUUUGACUCCAUGAAGAAUGAUUAUGAAAAAUCUAAAGGCUUCGAUGAAAAAUAUGAUUUGGAGAAAACCAACCAUUCCAAAUCAAUUGAAUUGUUGAAAACCCAAAAGGAGAAGUACGACCAGUUAAAGAGUGACCAUAAGAAUUUGAAAUCUAAUUACGAAGAAAUCAACAAAGCCAACUCAUCUUUGGAAUCUACGCAUACAAAAUUGAAUGAGAGAUUCGAAACUUUACAGGAGAAAUAUGAUGCUCUCAAGAAAGAAAUGGAAAUGUUGAAUCGUUCAAAUCAUGAUUUAAGUAAAUCAGUGAAAGAAUUCAAAACAAAUUCUAGUAAUCUGAAAUCCGAAAUAUCCAAGUUGAACACAACAUUGAAUAAACUCAAAGUUGAGAAUGAAGAGAUGUUGGAUAAAUUGAAUACUUCUAACAAAGAAUUGAUCAGCUUGAAGAAAGAGAAUUCGAAUUCUGUUUCCCAAUUGAAAUUGAUGGAACAAUAUAAAACGGAUUUGAGCCAGUUGAAAGAUGAAUUGAAACAGUCUAAAACCAACGAUAAUAAACAAUCAGAUUUAAUCAACAGCUUGCAACUACAGAUAACCAAGUUGAAAAAGGAUAAUUCGGAUUUGGAACUGAAGAUUUCCAGGAUGACCACUUCAAUUGAAACUAAUGAGAAAUCCAAACAGGAUUAUAGUAACAAGAUCAUUGAGUUGACAUCGACAAUCAACAAGUUGAAUGUUGAGCUCAAGGAACUGAAAGACCUGAAAGAGAUGAAAGAGAAUCAGCCUCCAUCUCAAGAAUUCUUGAAUGAAUAUUCCAAUUUGAAAUUGAAACUUAAUGAAAUGAGUGCCAGUUUGAGAAGCGAAAAGUUCGAGAAUAGUAAAUUGCAGGAAGAAGUCAACAUUCUUAAAAAUAAGAUUCAUAUCAGUCCCUACAGCUCACCUACUAAGGGGAAGCAAUUCAGGAACUCCAUGCAAUUGGGAGAAGAUUUGUCCAUCAUGAAAGGAAACAAUAUUCUUAUUAAACAAAUCGAUGAUUUGAAGAUCAAAUUAGAACAAGAAGAGUUGAAUAGCACUAGAGCUGAAAACUAUGCCAUCGAGUUGCAGAAGAAGUUGAACAAGUUACAAAACACCAGAGGAAUCAACAGUUCUAUCGACUUCGAAAAGAAAUACAAACAAAGUCAGACAAGAAUCAGUGAACUUGAAAACAAAUUCGAGAAAUUGUUUGCAAGUUCCCCCAGAUCAGAAUCAUUAGGUAAUUCUGAGGGAGUGAGAGGGAAUUAUAAUGGUAUGACCAAAUCCGAAAGUUUCGGAGGAUCUGUCAUCAAUAAAACUUUGGAGAGUGCUAAUCAGGACUUUGUAAAAAUAUACCACGAUAUCACUAAAACACUUAAAUCAACCAGGGAGGAAUUGACAGCUUCUAAAUCAGAAAUUUUGAGAUUGAAAUCAUUAUUGAGAGACAGUGAAGAUGAAAUUUACGAAAUCAAAAGGAAAUCCCACAAAGUUUCAAUCGAAAAUUACGAAAAUGAAUUAGCAUCGUUGAAGGUGAAACAAGAUAAUUUGAUCGACAGAAAUGAAGACUUGACAAAAUCCGUGAAAUUGUAUAGAGACAGGAGCGAGGAAUACUUCAAAAAAUUAGAAUUAGCUGAAAGCGCUAUUAAAAUAUCCAAAAGACAUGAAGAACAAAGUUUAAAAGAAUUGAACGAUAUCAAGAAUGAGUAUAAGCUCAUCAAAGAAGAAUUGAAAGCUAGCGAAAUCAUAAUCAAGGAUCUUAAUAGUGAGAAGACAAAAUUGCUAGAUGAAAUCAAGGAUAAGGAGUAUGAAAUCUUCAACAAGAUGGAAAAAAUCAAUGAAUUAAAUGAUAAGAUCAACUACAACAAGAAGAUUUUUGAAAACAAAGAACUUACAGAGAAUUAUAAGAACGAAAUCAAAAACUUGCACGAUGAGUUGAAGUUCAAAUUAGAGAACGAAUCUAAACUCGUCAAAGAGAACAAGAAAUUGACUAUCGAUAACGAGACUUUGUCCAAACAGAAGUCAAUGCUUGAGGAAGAUUAUGAGAUAAAGUUGGAAAAGUUGGCCGAACUCGAAGCCCAGGUCGACGAUUUAACCGAUAAUAAAAGAGUCCUAGAAAACGAAAAAGCAAUAAAUGAUAGAAAGUUGAUCAACAAUGCUAAACAAAUCCAAAACUUGAAAGAUCUCAUUAAUGAUAUUACCUUACAAAGAGACGAUUUAUUGACCGUUAAAGAGGAUUUAGAAGAGGAGAAUUUAAUUCUUAAUCAAACCAUUGAAGAGAAGAACCUCAAAAUUUCUUCCAACGAAUCUAAUUUAACUUUGUUGAGGAGCCAUUUAGAUAGUCAAAGAUUACAAAGUGACGAAAUUCAACAGGAAUUGAACCAAUCGAAAUUGUCCACUAACGAUGAUAUCACCAAUUAUCAAUCCUUGAAGAGAGAAAAUCUUGUUAUUUCUGAAGAAAACGAUUCCAUUAAGAAAAUCAAUCAUGAAUUGAAAGAGAAACUUGGAAAACUAGAAGAUAAACUUUAUAAUAAUGAGCAAAUCAAGUACUGGGAAAACAAGUUGAGAGAGCUUAACAAUAAAUUAGAUACUUCCAACAACGAAAACUUCAAGUUGAACAAGACAAUCCACAAUUUCGAAAAUGAAAUCAAGAGCCUCAAGAUCCAUCAUGAAAAUGAUGAAAAAUUGAUCAAACAAUACAAUGACGAAAAUUUCAAUUACAAGAACAAGAUUAAUCAUUACAAAAGUAAUUUGGACAUUCUACAUGGUGAAAACUUGCAAAAAGAUUUGAAAAUAAAAACUUUAGAAAGAGACCAGAUAGACAUAAAAAAUGGUAUGUUAAUGUUGGAGAAGGAAGUUUUGCAAUUAAGAGCAAGACUUGGAAUUGCAUAA